AUGGACGCAGCAGCUGCAACGCUGAAGCGGGCCGUAGAGUACGACGGGCGGGCUCGCUGGACGGAGGCCCAAGUGUGCUAUCAGGAAGGAGCUCAGAUGCUGUUGGACGCCGUGAAAGGUACUGAACUCCUCUUUGUGUAUCUGGUCUGGAGUCGAGUCUUGAAUCAAAUUAGUGGAGUAGAUGAGCGGGAUGAGACGAAGCGACUGCGGCUGCGUCAGAAGGCGGAGCAGUACGUAACUAGGGCCGAGCAACUGCGUGAGCAGGUGGAGCGGGCCAAGCGGCGGGGCGAGUACCAGGAGCAGCGGCGAAUUGAGGACGGGUCCGUGGGCCACAGCUACGAGUCAGUCUUUGGCCGCUUCCUGGAUUCUGCCACGACGACCAUCCGCGUGUUGGACCCCUACAUACGCGCGCUGCACCAGGUGCAGAACCUUGUGAGGCUCUGUGAGUUGGCCGUGCGUCGCUGCGGUCGGUCUCUGCAGACUGUGUGUCUGCUGACGACGCGCUGUCCAAAAUCACCACGGAUGCCCGAUGAUGAGACAGGCAAGACACAGCAGGACGUGUGGCUCGCAACACUGCAGGCCGAUCUGCGAGAACGCCACGGCGUCACAUUCGACUACGUAUUCUCGGAUACGCUCCAUGACCGCGAAAUCCAACUCAACAGCGGGUGGCUCAUCAAAAUUGGCCGCGGCCUCGACUACUUCAAGCCGCCCUCUUCCAAAUUGAGUCUAGGGGCGUUUGAUUUGGACCUGCGGCCAUGUCGCGAGACGCUGGUUGACAUUGUUCACGUGUCCAAAGUCCGUUCGACGACGUGA